GAGUUGGUGAUGGACAGGGAAACCUAGUAUGUUGCAGUCCAUGGGUUCGCAAAGAGUCGGACAGGACUGAGCAACUGAAGAAAACUGAAAGAUACAACACGGACUUCUCUGGUGGUCCUGUGGCUGAAACUCCUCCAGCCAAGUGCAGGGGUCCAGGUUUGAUCCCCAAUCGGGAAACUAGAGUCUGCUUGCCUCAAUUAAGACCUGGCGCAGACAAAUAAAUAAAUAGAAAAUAAACAUUAAAGAAAAAAAAAAAAGGAACAAAGCUAGCGGCACCUUUCUUUGCCUUUUAGAAUUUAUUCAUUUAGCAAAUUCCCACUGUCACUGGGGUAGGGGCUAAGCUCUCCAGACCCAGUGGUAAUCAAAUAGACCCCUUCCCCUGUGUGGGAUCAGGAAAAGAGGACUUUUGGAAAGAGGACUAGCAUAUGCAAAAGUGAGAAGGGUGUAGCAGGCAGAAGGAACAGUCAGUGUAAAGGUCCUGGGGCAUCCAGAUAGCCAGAGCAGGAUAAUGGGAGAAGGGGGUGGUGGUGGACAGAAGAGAGGUAGAGAAGAGGGGACAGACCAAAGGUGGUCCUUUAAUGACAGAUCUGGUUUUUGACCCAAGGGCAAUGGGUAACCAGGGGAGGUUUAAGAACAGAAACUUAGAGCUGCUCUAGAAUCUAGAAUCCAUCCUUCAUUCCACAAGAAAAGUGGGAAACUAGGACCAUGAUGACCUUUCCCAGGUAAAAGUGGUAAAGAACCCCCCUGCCAACGCAGGUAGACAUAAGAGACCCAGGUUUGAUCCCUGUGUGGGGAAGAUCUCUUGGAAAGGGAAAUGGCAACCCACUCCAGUAUUCUUGCCUAGAGAAUCCCAUGGACAGAGGAAAGGGGUGGGCUACAGUCCAUAGGGUCGAAAAGAAUCAGAUACAACUGAAGCAACUUAGCACUCAUGUUCACAAGACCAUGACAUGGGACAGCAAGGGAUGCAACCCACCCAGAUCCAGCCUGGUGGAUGCUACACAGGACAAAUGAUCACACUGCUGUAACAAGUGAAGAGCAAGAGGAGAAAAAAAAAAAAAAGAGGAGGAACUAUUACAAGACCCAAGAAACCACACACUGUAUGACCUCAUGUAGAUAAAUGUGGAAAGAAGGGAAAGAAUCAAGCUGAUGGGAAAUGGGAUCUCUGGGGACAGUGCUUGGGCAGGGUCUCUAGAUGUAGGGGUGAUAUUUGGCCUCUAGCCCACGAUGACCAGCCACUCAACAAAUGUGCCAACCUGGGUCUUGACCUGAUUCUUGAGCCUCACUCAGUCUGUCCUCACCCUUUUAUUUUCUCCCCUUGACUCAUUCCUCUCCUCACCCCCCCCCCUUUUUUUUUGGCGGAGGUGGGGGAGGGCAGCACAGUGGGGCAUUUGGGAUCCCCAACCAGGGAUCAAACCUAUACCCCCUGCUGUGGAACCGCAGAGCCUUAACCACUGGACCACCAGGGAAGUCCCUGUCAUCACCUUCCUAACACCCUCCUAGAUCCUUGGCCUGCCCAGGAGCCACUGCUGUCCCCCAGAGCCCCGGUCCCCUUCUCACUGCUCUCCCAGGCCCACGCAGCUGAGCAGCCUCCCCAGAACAGUUCCUCCCCUCUCCAAGUAUCCUGGGGUCUCCUCAUCCUAACCUGGCCCUCAUUACCACCCCAGUGUGCUUAGUCACUUCAGUCAUGUCCAACUCCCUGUGACCUGUUGGACUGUAGCGGUCUGUAGGAGAGACUGCCAGUCUCUCUGUCCAUGGGGUUCCCCAGGCAAGAAUACUGGAGUAGGUUGCCAUGCCCUCCUCCAGGGGAUCUUCUCCACCCAGGGAUCAAAUCUGUGCCUGCUGCAUUGCAGGUGGAUUCUUUACCACUGAGGCACUGGGAAAGCCCCUCCAAUACCACCCCAAAGGGAUGUUUUUCCCUUUUCUGAAUUUUGAGGCCAUUGUCAUGAUGCUGAAGGUAUGAAAGGGGUGAACAGAGAAAUGUUCCCCUUGCCCCCAUCCCAGGCUCAUUGUACUUUCUUUCUUUCUUUUUUUUUUAAUGUAUCUGUUUAUUUGCUGUGCCAGGUCUUGGUUGCAAUAUGUGAGAUCUUUAGUUUUGGCAUGUGGAGUCUUAGUUGUGGCAUGUGGGAUCUAGUUCCCUGACCAGGGAUUGAACCUGGGCCUCCUGCAUUGGGAGCACGGAGUCUUAGCCACUGGACCACCAGGGAAGCCCCCAUUGUACUUUCGUUUGGAGAUGUUUAAGACACUUUGGUGCCCAUGCGCAUUUUUAAAAUUAAUUUUUUUACUAUGCUGGAUCUUCGUUGCUGCACUCAGGCUUUCUCUAGUUGCAGAUAGCAGAGGUUACUCAUUGAGCUGGCUUCUCUUGUUGCAAAGCACAGGUUCUAGAUUGGGCUUCAGUAGUUGUAGCAUGUGGGCUUAGUUGCCCCCUGGUAUAUGGAAUCUUCCCAGAUGGACCAGGGAUUGAACCUGUGUCCCCUGAAUUGGCAGGCAGAUUCCUAACCACUAGGCCACCAGGAAUGUCCUUUGUGCAUACUUCAUUGUUUUUCCGCCUUUUAAUCUGUUUUACACAGAGGACAGCAUCUUUUCUUCUGCACCUUCAUGCCCUGUUUCCUGCCUCACAGGCUAUUACCUGGGAUAUAUUUCUGAGUGUGGAUUUGGAGAUCAAUAUAGUUCUCUAUGAACUGCCCUCCACCUGGUUCCCACCACCAGCAGCACAGGUAACUGUGUCCCCAGUGCAGACAGCGGCCAGUUAAUUGCCCAUUAGGGGGAAGGUGGACAAUCCCUAGGGAUCUGAUUUGCAUCAAAGUCUUGGGAAGGUUGAGUUAGUGAAAGAAUAGGCAUCUUCUGACCACCAGAUUCUGGUCAACCCUCCCUCACCCAUGUGGACAUGGCUCCCCAGUGUCCUGGGACAAACCCUGGCAGCAAUGAUACUCAGGGCCUGUGAGGGCUGGCCUCACCACCAGCCCAGAGCCCCAGCCCCAUGGAAGGUCAGAGGCAUGGCCUCUAACAGGCCUCAUCCCCUAGUCUCUGAGUCUUUGUCCCUCUGCUUUUCUUGCUGGUGAGUCUCCUGGGGUAAGGAUGGGUCCUUCCCCGGGCUACAGCAUCCUCUAGGAAGCCUACCGCUCCCCCUGCUCUGCUCCACACUCCCUUCCCCAGUCCUCCUGUGUUCCCAUCCUUACCUUGGAGGGGGAGGACGGGAUGAGGGAGCAGGGUGUUGCUCGGGUGAACAGUGGGCGCACAGGCAGGGGAGGGAGUGGCCAGAGGCUGAAGGAGAGGCGGGAAGGCGGGGCACGGUGGGAUGCAGGGUAUAAACGCGCAGUGGCUGCAGCUAAGGAUUCCAGGAAGGCUGCGACCCAGACUUUGUAGCGCAUCCCCGGAGGGCGAUCGGGAGAGUCACGGCAGCGAUCACAGGGUGCAAUCCCGGAGGGUGGUCAGGACGAAGAGGGUGGCAAUGCAGCCCUUGUCCGCGUCUGGGCCUAACGCGUCCUGGUGGGCGCCAGCCAACACAACGGUCUGCCCGGGCUGUGGCGCCAACACCUCCGACGGCGCGAUCCCUGCGCCUUGGCCUGUGGACGCCUGGUUGGUGCCGCUUUUCUUCGGCGCGCUGAUGCUGCUCGGCCUGACAGGGAACUCACUGGUCAUCUUCGUCAUCUGCCGCCACAAGCAGAUGCGGACGGUGACCAACUUCUACAUCGCCAACCUGGCGGCCACGGACUUAACGUUCCUGUUGUGCUGCGUGCCCUUCACCGCUCUGCUCUACCCGCUGCCCGCCUGGGUUCUGGGCGACUUCAUGUGCAAGUUUCUCAACUACAUCCAGCAGGUCUCGGUGCAGGCCACGUGCGCCACCCUGACAGCCAUGAGCGUGGACCGCUGGUACGUAACAGUGUUCCCGCUGCGCGCCCUGCACCGCCGCACGCCCCGCCUGGCGCUGGCAGUCAGCCUCGGCAUCUGGGUGGGCUCGGCUGUCGUGUCGGCGCCGGUGUUCGCCCUACAUCGCCUGUCGUCCGGACCGCGCACCUACUGCAGCGAGGCCUUCCCCAGCCGCGCCCUCGAGCGAGCCUUCGCGCUCUACAACCUGCUGGCGCUCUACCUGCUGCCGCUGGUCGCCACCUGUGCCUGCUACGGGGCCAUGCUGCGCCACUUGGGCCGGGCCGCCGUGCGCCCAGCGCCCGCCGGCGGCGCCCUGCAGGGGCAGCUGCUGGCGGAACGGGCGGGUGCCGUGCGGGCCAAGGUCUCGAGGCUGGUGGCGGCCGUGGUCCUGCUCUUCGCUGCCUGCUGGGGCCCCAUCCAGCUGUUCCUGCUGCUGCAGGCGCUGGGCCCGGCCGGCGCCUGGCAUCCACGCAGUUACACCGCCUACGCGCUCAAGAUCUGGGCACACUGCAUGUCCUACUGCAACUCGGCGCUGAACCCACUGCUCUACGCCUUCCUGGGCUCCCACUUCCGCCAGGCCUUCCGCCGCGUCUGCCCCUGCGCUCCCCGGCCGCUCCCGCGACCCUGGCGGCCUGGACCCUCGGACACUGCGGCCGCCCGCCAAACCCAGCUGCGACGCCUGGGCCACGCCAGGCCCCCCGAAGUCAGGCAGCGGUAGUCCCGGGCUGCGCAUGCUGUGCGUUCUGAGGGAACACACGGUGUCUCUCUGAGCCCUCUCUGAAGGGAUCAAGAUGGGCCCCUCUGAAACAGGAGGGCUUAAAUAGCAGCUGCUAUUAUUCUGUUUUUGCCCAAAAUCAUAAUAGUGAAAAGGCCUUGCCCUCUUGCAACAUUUGAUACAAAUCUGCUGUAUGUUUGCCACUGUUGAUGCUGUAAUUAUUAUUUCUGUGUUUCCUGAAUUGAAGAUGCUUUGAUGCUGACUCUUCUGGAACUUUGGAGGAAGCAUCAAUAGGACUUUUCACACGCUGCCCUGUGGUUGACUGUACAAUUUUAAGACUGUACAAAUGCCAUUUUCAGAGAUACUAAAAAGUGAACAUGAUGUACAUCUUAAAAUGGAUGAAAUAAGGUAUUCUUCUUGGUACCUUGUGAAUGAGUGUUCAGAGUCCUGGCUGGAAAAUCAUAGGUGUCAUUGAAUAAAUAGCAGAGACAUCACUUUGCAGACAAAGGUCCAUAUAGUCAAAACUGAUUUUUGCAGUAGUCAUGUAUGGAUGUGAGAGUUGCAACAAUCUUUAUAGAAGGCUGAGUACCUUAGAAUUGAUGCUUUCGAAUUGCAGUGCUGGAGAAGACUUGAAAUCCCCUUGGACAGCAAGGAGAUCAAACCAGUGAAUCCUAAAGGAAAUUAACCCUGAAUAUUUAUUGG